UAUUUUUUCUUCUUCGUAGAUUGGAUGUUAUCUCUUUGGGAAGUACGGAUUUUUAACUUUAAAAACGUUGUUGAAGUGAUUUCUUCAAUCAAACAGUUUUGCAUGCUGCAGAGAAGAAGAUCUGUCUUUACUUAAACAUGUUCUACUUUCUAAUUUUGUUAUUGAUCCUGAAUGUUGCAAAUACACAAAACCCUGGAAAUGCAACUGCCAGCUGUGAGCAAAAGGAAAGGUCCAUGUCAUAUUUAGAUGUGGCCGGAGAUAUGAUAGCAAAAGCAAAGGCCAACUACCCAAUAUGUCCAUCAAUGGCUCAGAAUUCAACGUUCAAACCAGUGGACUGUGAAGAAGUAUUACGCAACGGACCUAGGAAAAGUGGCGUCUACACCAUAUGGCCGAGAAACAGGGUGACAGAAGAUAAAUCAUUGGAGGUGUAUUGCGAUAUGGACACGGAUGGAGGAGGAUGGACGGUUAUACAGCGCAGAGGAAAUUUCAGCAGACCAAAUGAUUACUUCUUCAAGGAUUGGGCAAAUUACAAGAAAGGCUUUGGCGACAUAGAAAAGGACUUUUGGUUAGGAAAUGACUUUAUAUUUGCCUUGAGCAAUCAAAGACCUUACUCCAUCCGAUUUGACCUGAAAGCUGUUGAUGGGGAAAAAAGAUACGCUCUGUACGAUUCAUUUUGGAUUGAUGAUGAAGAGCAUAAAUACAUUUUGCACAUCACAGACUACAGUGGCGACGCAGGUGAUUCAAUGAACACACACAACAACCAAAAGUUCUCCACAAAAGAUCAAGAAAACGACAAUCAAAAGGAACAGAAUUGUGCGCUGUUGUACAAAGGUGGCUGGUGGUAUAACGUGUGCCAUCUUGCUAACCUGAACGGCCUUUAUCUGAGAGGACGUCAUGAGAGCUUUGCCGAUGGAGUCAACUGGCAUAGUUGGAAAGGUUACCAUGAAUCUUUGGACACCUCAGAAAUGAAGAUACGUCCCAAAAAUUUUAGAAAAACUGCCAUCCGUAAUGACGAAACGCCAAUGUGAUUGAUGAUGUUUCAAUUGCUUGCUUAGUUACAAUGUUUUUAAAAUGCUUUUGGAAAACUUGAAAUAAAAAUAAUAUCCCAUCUA